AUGGCAUACAGCGAAUUUCAUACUGCCGACUCCUUUGAUUGCGUGCCCGCUGCCUUUAACACCGACGGCACUGCGCUCUACGAUGGAGAAUACAACGGCCUUUUACGGACAAUCAUUAAACGCAAUGAUAUGGACAAACUGAAACAAUAUGUACUCGGUUUCUCCAGGCGUUUUCUGUCGUGUCCAGCGGAACUCACAUGGUGCGAUCCAUUCUGGAUGGCUGCAUCAUACGGAAGCACCGAUGCUCUCCGUUUCCUCCUAGAACAAUAUAACGCCGUCCAAGCAGACAAAACGCCUCUCAACCAGCGAGGAUUUUCUCUACUACAUGCGGCAUGUCGUACGGCGAAUGUUGAUGUAGCACGAUUCUUUUUGGACAGCCAACCUCCUCUUGGAACAAUAAGUGCUAGAGACGAAGAAAACGAAACCCCACUUCUGUCUGCCGCAUCUUCGCUAAUUAAUCUGGGUUUUGGGGACGCGAGCAAUGGAAACGCGGAUGAUGGGGCUGAUGUAUACAAAUGGAAUAUUGAUCGUAUAUCCCGCGCCGAGGAGUUCAUAAACCUGCUUCUCGACAGGGGCGCUUGCGCUCAGGACAGCAGAUUUCCGAAUAACGACGAUGACAUGAAGUCUCAGCCACUUGAAACCGUUCUUGGAAUGGCUAUUUCCCGAGGAAGCUAUGCCUUGGUCAAACGACUCCUUGAUCAAGGUGCUGAUCCAUACAUUAAGCACCACUUUGACUACAAUAUUGUUAUGCGCUUUGGGCACCACCAUGACUCAUUCAAGGACGUCAACGUGCUUCAUAUGGCUGCCUUGUACUGGAAUGCAGAGGGAAUCAAAGCCCUGAUUGAUCACCAUACUAACAGCUACACCGACCUGAUUUUCUCCCGCGACAGCAAUGGCCACCUUCCACUGCAUUAUGCAGCUGUAACACAAAGUUUCAGCGAGUGCACAAGGCCUGACAUCAGCUCACGACUUGUUGAUACAUUCAGGUUGCUUCUCGGUGGCAAUCCCGGUGCCAUAAAUGCUCAGAAUGAACAGGGUUUGACGCCCCUAUACUAUACGGUUAAAACCCACGGAACUUGCAACGGAACUAUGCACCUCGAGCUCGCUGUCAGGGUUUUGCUAGAACAUGGUGCUGAUGCUGCUAUCUCGGACAGUGAUGGCCGAAACACGCUACAUUUGUUAGCUUUUAGCGGUGCUGGGCCUAUCAGCAUCGUUUUGCUUGAUUUGCUGAUAGCUCAUGGUGCCAAUACUAACUAUGCUGAUAAAGAUGGAAACACCCCUCUUCACAUUAUGGCUAUGAAUCUACGACAGGCGCACGCCGUUAGAUUUCUAUGCAGCAGAGGUGCUGACAUCUCUGUUAUAAAUACUAAUGGUGAUACGGUCUUUCAUAAAGCGGCAGAAGGUAUUUUUUUGCCGCAUAGGAAUCUGGAAGGGAAGUAUGGGGGAGUCACAGUUGCGGGAAAAAUUUCAGCACAGGAUGAGAUGAUGGCUGUUCUACAGACAGCUUCUGGUGGAGAUGAAAUGAUGAAUCAACCAAAUAACGCUGGCAAGACACCGCGAGACCUGCAAGCAGAGACAAGGAGCAGGUGGCAGGCACCAAAAAGAGGAGCGUUCCGUGGGAGAGGAAGGGGUUAUACAAGGGGUUAA